AUGCCACCUCCUCUCAUGGCAGUACCCACAGACGUGGGUGAGGAGGCAGACGUGGCUGCUGGCAAGGGAAUAAAAAAGGUCGUGGUGCCCAUUCGUAUGGCUUGGGUCCAAGGAGCAAUCCAUCCAAGGAGCAAUUCCAAAAGCUGGUGCAUCAUAUCAAAUUACGUCAACUCUGCAAGCAAUCAAAUUGAAGCGUGCAAAAUCAAGGGGAGCAUUCAAGAGUCCAUGCGCGUUGUACUCUCUGUCCUUCGACUAUGA